AUGCCCUCUAUCCUCAACGACGACGACAAGGAUACCGUCAAGCGCUUCGUGCCCAAGCAGUCCAACAAAAUCCAGGCUGUUGCCGUCGCCAAGCUCUACGUUGCGUAUCCCAAUCGCUCGAAAUGGACCUACACGGGCCUGCAGGGCGCCAUUGUGCUGGCCAACGAUCUGGUCGGCAACACCUACUGGCUCAAAUUGGUGGACAUUUCGCCAUCCAACCGCGGGGUCAUCUGGGAUCAAGAAAUCUUCGAUACGUGGAGCUAUAACCAAGACCGAACCUUUUUCCACACCUUCGAAUUAGAGGAAUGCCUCGCUGCGCUCAGUUUUGUCGACGAGAAGGAAGCCAAACAGUUCAAGAGGAAGAUGGACGAGCGAGAAAAGAACGCGAGCCGAGCCACGAGAGCCGCUCCAUUUGGCGGAUCUAACCAGGCGUCAGGAGGCCAGAAGCACAGCCUGUUGGGCAACAUCUUUCACCGACACUCGACCGUAUCUAUGAUACCGGACACCGCAACUUCCAAUUUGUCGGGGUUUUCCCACAACUCUGGCUCCUCAGUUAGCUUGAACGAUAACAAGGGCUCCGAAUUUGCCUUGCUGGACGCCUUCGACCCCCUCUGGCGAGAGCAUUUCGGCCAGGAUCUUGCCGACAAGGGCUUGAAUGAUGACUUUAUUAAGGACAACCAAGAAUUCAUUGUCGACUUUCUCCGUGAAGAGCAAGCCAAGCUAGCCAAUGAGGCAGCGCCGCCACCACCACCGCCCGCCCUGCCUUCACCUUCGACCAACGGCCUCGAAUCAAGAACCGUGAGGGCACCGCCUCCACCUCCACCCGCCGCCGCGGCAGCCGCUGCUGCCCUGAACAGCUCCCCUUCUGCCAAGAGAUCAGGACCUCCUCCGCCUCCAGCCCCUCGGCGAUCGGGUGGCCAGGUCACCAGAGAUGCCAGCCCACCGAGAGCACCGUCUCCUCCCCGGCCGAGAUUCAAUGCCCCGCCUCCCCUGCCCGACGCAGGCAAGUUUGCGAACCAAGCCGCCGACAAGAAGAAGUCGUCCGUAUUAUCAAUAAUACCUGGUGCUACCUCGUCUAUCCCUCCUCCUCCUCCGCGACCUGCCAAGACUCCUCUCGAGUCCGACGACCACAAGUUCAAUGUUCCGCCGCCCUUCACAGGCCAACGCAUUUCUGCGCCCCCUCCACCAAGCCGUGGACCAGUUCCUCCUCCACCACCUCCACGGGGCAGCGAUGCCGGCAUAUCGAUUCCUGCCGCUGCUCCUCCUCCUCUGCCUCCAAAGGUGCCGACCGCGAGCGCUCCUCCUUUGCCGCCGCCAAGUGCUCGGCCAGUCCCGCCUCCACCAGCGGCAAAUCAUGCGCCGCCGCCUCCUCCUCUACCGGUAGCAAACAGCAUCCCAGCUCCUCCUCCGCCUCCAGCUCUGCCGUCACCAAAAGCGCCGUCGUUGCCUCCUCCGUUGCCCACGGUCAGUGCUCCACCAGCAGUUCCGCCUCCGCCGCCGUUGCCAUCGCCGGGAGUUGCCAGUCCUCCACCACCCCCUCCACCUGGUCCUCCGCCGAUUCCUGGAGCUGGCAGCGCUCCGCCGGCACCUCCACCACCACCUCCUCCUAUGCCCGUAACCAGCGCCGCCCCUCCUCCGCCGCCGCCGCCUGGCCCCCCUCCGAUCCCAGGAGCUGGAGCUCCUCCUCCUCCUCCACCGCCACCUCCAUUUCCAUCUGCAGCAGGUGUCCCACCUCCUCCUCCUCCUCCGCCGCCGGCGGCGAUGCCAAAUCGAGACUCUGGCUACUCGUCUGGCGCCCCUUCAGCUGCUCUUCCCAAGGCAGAAGGUGGACGGGCGUCUCUACUGGGAGAUAUUCGGGGAGCAGGCGGUAUCGGUGCUCUCAAGAAGGUGGAUAGGACCAAGAUCAACGACCGCAGUGGAGCGUCUGUUGGUGGAGCUUCUGGUUCAGGCGCGGGAGCUGCUGCUGCCCCUGCUGGACCAGGAGGUGUGCCAAAUGCUCUAGCAGCAGCUUUACAGAAGAUUAAGGAUAAGGCUAGCAAGAGCGACGAUGAAGAGGAAGAGGAAGAUGAUUGGUAA